GGCAUCAUGGGUAUUGCAGUCUAUUGUGGAAAACUUCACGACUCAACUUUACGGCAUACCAUGAACUACAAACACGCAGCCGCUGUUAGUUGACCUUCCGUAGUACUACAGCAAGCAUGGCAACCCGGGCACUGACGAAAGGACUUUGGGGGCUACGACAGUCAAAAUCUGUUAAAAUCGGAUACUCCUGUGGUGGACAUCACUAUGCUACUGCAGCGUCCAUCAAAUCACCUCAACCCCAAAUUGACGAUAUUUCAGAAAAAGUAAUAAAGCAGCCGCUUGAGAAGCCGGACUUUUUCCGUGUGUCAGAGCUCCUCUCGCUGAAAGACCUGUUCGACGCCAGAGUGCAUCUUGGACAUAAAAAAGGUUGCAGGCACAGACUCAUGGAGCCUUACCUCUAUGGCUGCCGUUUGGACCAAGAUAUAAUUGAUCUCGACCAGACUAUGGCACACUUCCAGCUAGCCCUGAAUUUCACUGCCCAUGUAGCGUAUCGUGGUGGCAUCAUACUGUUUGUCAGCCGCCGGCGUCAGUUUGGCCACCUGGUGGAGAGCACUGCUAAGGAUUGUGGGGAGUAUGCCCAUACGCGGUACUGGCAGGGCGGCCUCCUUACCAACGCCCCCAUCCAGUACGGCCCAGGAGUCCGCUUACCAGACCUCAUCAUCUUCCUUUCCACUCUCAACAAUGUGUUUCAGCAGCACGUUGGAAUCAGAGAUGCGGCAAAGAUGAACAUUCCCACAGUGGGUGUGGUGGACUCAAACUGCAACCCCAGCCAGGUGACGUACCCCGUGCCUGGGAAUGAUGACACUCCAGCUGCUAUGGAGCUAUACUGUCGCUUAUUUAAGAUGACUAUCAACCGUGCCAAGGACAAAAGGAGACAGAUGGAGCUACUGCAUAGCCUGUCCGCACCCUCCACACCAAGCUCAUGACAUAAUAUAUUCUUUAAAAAAGAGACAUUAACAAUGCAUUUAAAAAACAGUCAAGACCGUCUGCUGCUCCCCUUCAUCGUGCAUCUGCAUUUGAUGCAGGAGACCUGAUGCUAGUGAUGGAGUUACAUUGAUCGCAGUGCUUUCUUGUAUUCAGACUGAAGUUGUGUGUAUGUUACUCAUUAAUGAAUCUUGUUUCUGUGACGUGUGGUCUUCUGGUUCUAAUUUAACAUUUGUCUUACAAAAGGCCCUCAAAGAUGAAUCAUGCUACACUAGGUUUGUCCAAAUUCAACUGUUGUGCUCCAGUGAUAUAACAAUUACUUAUGUUUACAGGGACUGCCAUAAUCUUGACUAUUGACAUUCUAAAUCAGACAGCACUUUGUGGUAUUGUUGCAUUCAUACUUAUGCUCACAGGUUGUACAACAUAGCCCGAAUAAUAACUAAACCUCUUCAAAAUUCUAUCACAGUGUCAAGUUUCCAGUUGUUCUGUCUUGUUGCCACUAGUGGUAUAAAUUUAGCAGAAACACUGUUCAAACUCAUACGUGGGAGUAGAUUCAAACGGUAGUUUUUAAGCAGUUUGAUUACUAAAUGUGAUGCAGCAUGUCACAAAAUGUCAUAAAGCCUCUUGUUGCGAGACAGUUGUGAAAGUGUAUAAACAUCUAAAAUGCUUUUCAGUAAUCUGACAAAAUUAUUAAAAAGGCCCAUUAUAAUUUCCCAGAGUCUUCAAAGUGCUUGUUUUAUCUGACAAUCUAAAACCCAAAGAUGUUAAAUAUUCAAUGAUUUUUAAAAAAACAAGCAGCAGGAAAUCCUCACAUUUGCACGAUUAAUAGCACCUUUUGCUGAAGGUUAUUCAAAUGGUCUUUAAGAUAAAAAAAAGAUUGCACUGUACUCUCAAGCUCAUUAAAAUGUACUUAAAAGCUGUUUCUAAGAAAAUGUGCAUCUAGAAUGCAAUGUAGUAAUUUCUCUGUUCAUCUAGUAAAUGUUUAAUUUGA